AUGAAAAGAUGGAUUAUAACAUUAAAUUUAUUAUUUUAUAUUACAUUCUUAAAUCAAUGGAAUUUUGCAGAAUCUCAGACAGUAAAUGGUGAUUCUACAACACCAGAUUCUGAUGGGUCAACUCCAGUUAAUUCAGUAGAUCCUACUGGUACCAGUGCAGGUCAGGCAAGUCAGUCACCAAUCACUGAAUCACAACCAAAAUCAAGUUCAUCUGCAACAGAUCAAUCCAGUACUGAAGGUACUCCUACUGAUACUACACUCACUAAUCCAGUCACAUCUGUUACCAAGGUCACCCUUGACCUCAAUGCUACUCAAUCUACAACUCAAUUCGACUACACUGAUGAGAACGGUCUAGUUACAUUCACACCUAUGUCUGGCUAUGUGUUCUACAAGGUAUCUCAGGGUACCAAUCUGAUCUGGGAGUCCAAGGGUAAUAUCUUUGGUUCAUUGGUAAGGACUAAUACUAAGGAUGAUGCCAAAUACCUUGCCAUACUCCUCAAAGAUAAUAUGUUCAAGCUGUUCAAACUUGAGAAUAAUGAGUGGAACGAUAUCACUAGUCAGACGUCGGAUAUCAAGAAGUUGAAGUUCUUUGGUGACAAUGAUACUGAGUUAAAGUCUUCGGACUAUACAGUUAUCCUUAUCUAUCUAUCUUAUCAAUACACAUUCAAACCUGGAAUCAACUGUACGAAUAUCAAGUAUGGUGAAGAUGAUGUUUGGAAACAUAGUGAAUAUACUAAAUUUUCAAAAAUCAAGAUAUUUUCAUUGGGACUUAUUACAAAUAGUUUCUUUGUGUUUAAUAAUGAAUUUGAAUCAAAAAAACUGGAUUUUAAACCAACACCCGAACCUGAAGCGAAACCAGAGACUCCAGAACCUGUCACACCUACUCCAGAACCUACACCAACUACUCCAUAUGAGACUAAACCUGAAACUGAAGAAUCUACUAAACCUCCACAAGAACCUACUCAAUCUACUGAAGAAUCAUCAACACAUCAAUCUACUCAACCUGAAACUCCUGAAGCUAAGGAAUCACAGCCUGAAGCUCCAGAUGAUACUAUUGAACCUAAGGCUACUCCUCCAACUCCUACUCCAACUCCUACUCCUACUCCUACUCCUACUCCUACUCCUACUCCUCACUCUCAACCUACUCCUAGUCCAACAACUGUUGAAGACUCCACCUACUCUGAAGAUACUACUACACAAGAGACUACACCUUCACCAACGAAGGUUACUCUUGAAAUUAAGAAGACAGAGUCUACCAGUGAAUUUGACUAUACUAAUAAGAAUGAUGUAGUUACAUACACUCCUAAGGAUAACCAUGUAUUCAGUAAGGUCACUGAUGGUAUCAAGGAUAUCUGGGAAUCCAAAAAUAAUCUAUAUGCUACUUUGGUGGUAACUAACAUUUAUGAUGUUGAGAAAUACCUAGCCCUCCUACUCCAAGAUGAUACCUUCGUGCUAUUCAAUUAUGAGUCUGGCACUUGGAAAGACAUAACCAAUGAUAGAUAUGAUGUUUCUAAGCUUAGGUACUUUGGAGAAGAUGAUGCUGAGCUAUCCAAGACUUCAUACACAGUUAGUAUUGUCGAUCUAUCAUAUACCUACAUAUUCAAUUCUGGAGUCACCUGUAAGAAGAUCAUGCUAGAAGAUGGUGAUGUUUGGACUCAUACUGAUUAUACUAACUUCUCAGAGAUCAAGUCACUUCAGCUAGAUCUUCCAAAUAACAAAUUCCUCAUCACCAAUCUCCAAGAUCUAACAAAGGAAGUCUCUACCAAGGUCACCCUUGACCUCAAUGCUACUGAGAGUACAGAUCAGUUCCAUUACUCUAAGGAUGGUAAUUUUAGAACAUACACACCAAAGGAUGACUAUGUGUUCAACAAGAUUGUGAAGAAAAGCAAGGUUAUUUGGGAGUCCAAACCUGAAGAUCAUGGUCUCAAGGCAGUAUUGAUGGGUUCAGGUAGGAAUGAGAAACAUCUUGGAAUACUGUUGAAGAAUAACUUUUUAGUUCUUCAUAAGUCUGGUAAGAAUAAGCCUUGGGAAGAUAUCACUUCUCAGAGACAUGAUGUCACUAAACUCAAAUUCUUUGGUGACAAUGAUCUUGAGCUCUCCAAGACAGACUACGAGGUUACUCUACAAGGCCUAUCAUAUACGUACAAAUUCAACGAAGAUGUCAACUGUUUGAAGAUCACAUACAAUAAUAAUACUCUACUGUGGACUCAUACUGAUUACACUAAGUUCUCAGAGAUAAAGUCAUUUCAGCUGGAUCUUCCUAAAGACCAGUUCAGUGUCACAAAUACUUCUGAUCAGACAAAGGAUCUUACCAAAGCAAAGAGAACGCUUGUCUCUCUUGAAAUUAAGACCACUCAGAGUACUGAUGACUUUGACUUUAAUUAUUACGAUGGAGUUAUUACAUACACUGCUAAGGAUAACCACCUGUUCACUAAGGUAACUCAGGGUACCAAUGUUAUCUGGGUGUCCAAGGAUGGUAUCCAUUGUACUUUAGUAAUGUCGAAGACUGUUUAUGGUGUUAAAUUUCUAGCCAUGCUCCUGACUAAUAAUAUGUUCAUACUGUUCAAAGGGUCUGAUGGCUGGCAUGAUGUAACUUCUAAGAGACGUGAUGUUACUAAACUCAAGUUCCUCGAUGAGAGUGAUACUCAACUCACCAAGACUGAUUACUCAGUGAGAACUGUCUUCCUUUCAUUUAUUUACACAUUCAAUGAUGAUGUUAUCUGUAAGAAGAUAAAGUUAGGAGAUGACGAGGUUUGGAAACAUAGUGACGAUCCUGAUUAUUCAGAAAUCAAGAUAUUUUCAAUAGGUCUUGUAUCAAACAGUUUCUAUGUCUUUAAUAAUAAAAAUAAAUCUAAAAAACUAGACAUCAAGGUAUCAUUGGACAUAAAUGCUAGUCAGUCUACUGAUAAGUUCGAUAUCAGUGAACAUAAUUCUAUCGUAACAUACAGACCCAAAUCUGGCUACAAACUCACUAAAGUCCUUGAUGGUACCAAGGAAAUCUGGCAAUCCGACACUGGUAAUGAAUGUCCUACUGAAGUAAGGAUUGGAUCCUCUGACGAUGCAAAAUACCUUGCUCUCCUACUGGGUGAUGGUACUUUUAAAUUCUUCAAAAAGGAAUCCGAUAACUGGACCUCAAUCUCAGACGAUACUCUACUUAGAGAGCAUAUUCCUAACUUCCCUGCUAAGUCCCAAACUCAGACUUCAUCUACUACUACUGAAACCAUAGGUACUCCCGCUACAACAACACUUACCAAGGUGACCCUUAAUCUAAAUGCUACUCAAUCUACUAAUGAGUUUGACUUUAAUGAUCAGAAUGGUGUCAUCACAUACACUCCUAAGGAUAACCACGUGUUCAGUAAGGUUGUUAAGAAACCACUAAUUGGUACCACUGUUAUCUGGCAAUCUAAAGAUAAUGUCUUUGGUAGAUUAGUGAUGUCGAUGACUAAGGAUGAUGGUAAACAUCUUGUCAUCCUGCUGACUAAUAAUAUGUUCACAUUAUUCAAUGAGAGGAAGACAAUGAGUGGACCAUCACAAGUAUCAAGUAUGUCACCAAGCUCAAAUUCCUUGGUGAAAAUGAUAAUGAGAUUAAAGCAUCUGACUACAAAGUAA